GGUUGUUUGUUCUGAAAAUUAAGAAUGUUUGAUUUACGAUGCUGUGCAUUUCAUGAUCAAUGUUGCCGGUGUACUGAGUCUUGAAUUGCUUUUGUGAACAUUUCACCAACAUUUGAAUUGAAAAUGUACGUUUACAUUUUCAAGAAAAACGAACUGAAAGUUUCAGAACUUAUUGCAGAGAAUUUGGAUAAUUUAAUUACGAAAGAUGUAUCGGAAAUGACUCUGCAGACAUACAAGGUGUAUGUAGUACACAAAAGUAAUUAGACCAACAACACUGUGAAAAUUGGCAAUGCUGUUUUUCUGCUUGUCUUGACAGAUCAAAUUCAGUUAUGACUCUGUCGUUUGAUACUACUUUGUUUUGGAUGGCAACAGCCUUGGGAAUUUCUGGAGCUUUUGUCCCUGUUUUCAUUCAAAUGUUUCUUCAUAUCUUCAUGGGAGAAACAGAUAUAGAAGCUAAUUUACGCCGGCAGAAGUGUGAUUUAGAAGCUGAACUUGGAGGCAUUAGUAUGGUUGAUGAGUUUGCCAAAUAUGCCAAAAUAAAGAGAAAAUUAAAUAAAGUUACAGAUGAACUAUCUCACCAAGCUGAUAUGAGAUCAUCAUGUGCAAUGAAAACAAAUUUGAUUUCCUCUGCAAUUCUUUAUUCAUUAGUGUUUCUUACUAUGGCAUCGAUACUAUGGAAUUACAGAAAAAUGCCUGUUGUUGUACUGUCUGAAAAUUGCCUAUACCCACUUGGAUUCCUACUAUCAUAUUCUUCAAGUGUUCCAGGUAGCAUCAGUUUAGCUGCCUGGUUGUUCAUAAGCAGCACUGUGGGGAAAUUCAUGGCUGAUCAUGUAAAACUAUGAAUGUACAUUUUAUUUAAAAUUUAUUAUUUGAUAUUUAUACAGUCAUGUGUGUUAAUAAGAAAGUCAAAAGACUUGCUGAAAUUUUUACUAUAGCCGUAAUAUUGUUGAAAAAAAUUAAUGAAUAAUGUGUAAAAUGUAAAAUGUGAAAAUAGUUGUAACAUGUGUUUUAGCCAAUACUUUAUAGAAAAAAAUUAAACCGUUUUUUGCAUA